GGGGCAGAUUUCCCGCACAAUCUGGCAACCCUUGAGGAGGAAAGAGCCGAAGAAAGGAGCCAUCCGCGCGUGUGAUUUGUCUUUGUAGAGCCGACUCGGUGAACGUCUCGCGUCGGGAACUUUGUUGGCUUUUCUGCAUGAAGUCGAGUCAGCAUUCCUUCAACUCGAAUGCACUAAGAUUGCAAAUUAAAUCCGUUUUUGUUCGUCCUUUUUGUUUUUGAAAAGGGGACGGAUGCCAUGUCCAUUUGGUUUUGGAUUUAAACCAAAGGUCUAACUGGGACCACAAAAGACCGUCCACACACAACAGGUCUACAACUCGCUCCUCUUUGUAUUUUCAGCCGUUAACAGGGAUUUCUUAGUUUUUUUUAUAUACUUGACCUAUCAUGGCUGCUGUGACAAGCCCAGAGACGAGCCCGCAACCCCGGGUAUAUUUCCAGACGCCGACCGGCACCACGGAAGAACCGGAGACACCGGUCCGUAAGCAGGGACGCGUCACGGUCAAAUACGACCGAAAGGAGCUCCGGAAGAGACUGAACCUGGAGGAAUGGAUUAUCGAUCAGCUCACGGACCUCUACGACUGUGAGGAGGAGGCCAUCCCUGAGCUGGAGAUUGACGUGGACGAGCUUCUGGACAUGCCCAGUGACCUCGAACGGGCUGCCAGGGUCAAGGAGUUGGUGGUUGAAUGUUUCAAGCCCACGGAGAUCUUCGUGUCCGAGCUACUGGAUAAGAUCCGAGGGAUGCAGAAACUCUCCACGCCUCAGAAGAAAUGAUAGAACCUCCAACAUCCUGUCCUCAUACUCCUCCUCCUCCUACCCCUCCUCCUCCUCCUCUUCCUCAUCCCCCCACCAUCUCCUCUUAAGUUCCCUUUGUUUACUCUGUCUUCCUACCUCGCCUCACUUCUCCAUUUUCCUCAGUCCUCCUCCUGCCCUCCCCGUUUUUCCUCCUCAACCCUACAUUGUUUCUCCUCCCUCCCUCCCUCCCUCCCUCCCCCUCCCCCCCUCUCCUAGGAGAACCCCAGGCCAAGCUGAACUCGAGUCGUCGGUUGCUUUUCACGUUCAGCGUUCUCACCCCGAACCACAUGGUUGUCGGGGAAAGAUAAAAAGCUGUUUGUCCUGACUAGACAAAAGCCGCCGUCUUCAUGUUGGCGAUAAACGUGUAUAUUCCUCCUGCUGGUGUUAGUUUACAACACCGGGCUGGAGAUUUAGCAGGAAAAUUAAACACGAGGGCGCCAUCUUCUCGUUACCGGAGAAUAGAUUAAUUAAUAAGAACAAGAGGAAAGGAGUCGGACGAAAGGGGGGCGGGGUACUCUGUCAAAGCAGCCAAUCAGCUUCAAACAGGGUUUAUUUCUGAACUAUUACUUUUUUUUAUUUUUUAUUUUUUAUUGUCUUUCUUUUGUGAAAGGUUUAAAUUUGAUGUAAAUAAUUCAAUUUCCACGGCCAUGGUUUAACUUAAGACUAUUUUCGUGGGGUUUUGUUUUAUUUUUACUAUUCAUUGUUUCGGAAACAAUGUUUUGGUUUUUUAGUAGCUAAUGGGGUGCCAGGAGUUUGUAAUAUGUUGAAUUAUUCACUCUUAUCCUUAACCAUAUUCUAUCUUCGCCACUAUCAGUUUGAAACUUUUUGAGGAAACAGGUUGAUUGUUUUGAAAAACCUAAUUCUUGAAGGGAAACAUUUGCGUACUUCGAAUCCACUGAAGUCAGAACCAUUUCUCAUUCGUAUCCCGAACGAAUGCAAAUUCACCGAUAAUUAAAAAUUACCAUCUGACACAUCUACCACUAUAACACUUUUACUUUUGUUACUAUGCGCUCACAAGCAUAGCUAAGACCCAAGAAGGGCCUUAUAUUUGUUCUGUUCAAAGUCCUCAUAAAGAUAGUGUGUGUGUGUAGGAUCCUUCAUAGUGUAAGGUAACCUUUUCAGUACGAUAGUUGCUCAUUCCUGUCUUCUGCUGUUUUCCGUAUGACAAAUCAGUUUUAGUAAAGGACCAGGUCCUCACUUUUCACACACAUUUUCCACAUCAACACAUGGGGACCUAAAUCGCAAAAUGCCUUCUUUCUUGCUGUCUCGUUUCUCACCGUCUUUCUGUCUGUUGACCUCUCUCUCUAGUUUCUAGUUUCUUUCAGACGCAUCAGCUUACUCUUAUCUCUUUUGCUCUCCACACGUUUGGUGGCCAGAAAUUGGAAUUGAACUCAAACGACCUCAACUGGCCUCACUAGGUCAGCAUUCUUAAACUGAAGUGUUUGGUUCAGAGCAAUGUCGGUAACGCACACACACACUCAUAUAUACACACACAUACACGCGCACACACACACACACACACACACACACACACACACACACACACACACACACACACACACACACACACACACACAAGUAAGGGGUUUAGAGGUGAUGAGCGGACCAGCUGGGUGUGGAGAGACAUUGUAUGGGAGGAUAGGCCCUUGUGGAAGAUUAAAGCUCCAAUGCCUCAAUGCAUUGAAUCACCUCCUACGGGCACCGCACAUACAGACAGGGAGCACUCGCGCACAAAAACAAACGCCCCCUCUUGGUCGACGGCAGCGGAAACACAUUUGAAAACCACAGCUGCAUCUCGCAAACACACAGGCACCCCGUCCUCUCGCUCUCUCAUUCCUCCUCAUGCAUGCUCGCCCUUGUACACGUACAUGUGUGUGCACAGGCACGCGCACAUACACACGCAGGCAGAUGGAGGAAGGAGAUCCUUGGACGACUCACAAGGUCUCAGUGUUUUCCUUCCUCGGGUGCCAAUCAUCUCCAAGAAUAAGCCAUCUGUUCCUGGUUCUGAGCCAAUCGAAAUCGAGGACAUGGCCCAUCUGCCAAUGGGAUGAGUGCAGGUGGAUUGGUAGCAACCAAUCAGCAGCGGCCGCGGCGUCAGCUGACUAGACAGCGAAACACUGCUCCCCUCUUCUCUGCUGUUUUCAUCCCCCUGUUCUGUCCUUCCCUCUACUCUCCUCUCCUUUUUUUAAACAGAUGUUGCCUUAGGUAUUAUUUAUGUUAUACAAACCAAAUAAAUGGAAGACAUUUUCUUUUUCUUUUUUAAAUGUGUGUUAUAUUGGAACCUCUGUUACCGUACGGAGUUGUGGCAAAGUGUAAAAAAAGGAAAAAAUAAGGAAACAAAAAAAUAUCUAGACUCUUCUGCAGAUCUUUUUCAAUCAUUGGAAAUUGAAAGAUUCCAGUUCGCGUUUUUUUAUGUUCUAGAAGUGGGUGUUUAAUACGUAGGCCUUGAUGCAGUGGUUUGUUUAGAAGACCAUUUGAUUACCGGUCUGUUUUUAAUUGUGCUCAUGACACUUCUUAUUAACGCCAGGCCUUGGGUUUAAUAUGUAGUCAAGAAUAAAUCCACUCAGAUACAUACUGGUGCGAUUGCUUUUGCCUGCCCAUACUGUCAAUCCCCUAAUCAGGAUGGACUGCAUCGUUUGGGGAAAUGCUGUGAUGGGUCAAAUUUGUAGCAGGCAUAUUCAAUCAUGAACUAAAUCUGAGUGAAUUUCGUUCCUUUUUCUAAAUCCCAGUUUGGAUUAUAUCUUCCUAGACUGUUACUAAAAAAUGUCUUUUUUUCACUGUUCGAGGGAAAAUGUCCUAAAUAUAGAUACGGUUUAUAACCCGUCAUUGGGGUGAAGAGCUAAUACCAUACAGAUUAGAGAGGAUUUGAUAUUGAUUUCAUCAAGCCACCCAACAAAUGUAGCAAUAUCAACAAAAGGUCUUGUUUUUGCCCAGUUUUGUUACACUUUUAUGCAACUUUAAUAAAAAUACAUCAAAUAAAA